UUCAAUCAAUCAAUCAAUUGAUUAAUCAAUUGCAUUUGCUCAUUACACACACAUUCUUGUUUUUUGUGUUCUGUGUUUUUCUUUUCUGUCAACGUGCUUGAUUGAUGUGUAAAAAAAUAAAAUGAUGUGUAUGGUAUUUGUGUAACCGAUCCAACCAACAACAAACGAAAUAUUCAUACAUUCCAUUCAUUCCGUUCAUUUUCUUUCAAUAUAAUCAUCAUCAAAAAAAAAUCUUCCAUUUUGAAAUUUGAAUAAAGAAAACUUGUUGAAUAUUCCAUUGAUUUUUCGAUCAACAGUGAUAUAAUCAGCAGAUUGUGUGGGUCCAAUCUUUUAUUCCAAAACAAAAACGAAUCUUCCAAAAUAAUAAUAAUAACGAAAACGAAACACUCCAAAAAUAAACAAACAAACAAACAAAAAAACGAUUCCAAAUGCAUACAUCGUCAUUAAGUUUAACAACAACAGUAGCACCACAAAUGGAUACUUCAUUGGAAUCCAAAUUUUCGGCUGCAUUUGAGCAGCAUAUUUCCUGUUCAACAACAACAACAACAACUGGAUUAUUCAAUAAAAAUUCAUUAUGUAAUGGUGGUGGUGGUAUUGGUCAAUCAUCAAUGCCAACAACUAAUAAAUCAAGACAUUUACCAUUAAAUCAAUCAACAUCAAAAUCAAACAAUGAUCAAAAUAAUAAUAAUGGUGAAAAAACUGUUAGUUUUCGUAAAGGAAAUGAUCUUGAAUCAUUUGAAUCAUUAAGUUCAUUAUUGGCUAAUGGUUUAUUUACUGAUUUGGUUAUAUGUUGUCCGGGGAAAAUGUUUAAAUGUCAUCGUGUUGUGAUGGCAGCCGCAUCACUUUAUAUACGUGAUGCAUUAAGUUCAUUUUAUAAUAAUAAUAAUGAUAUUAUAUCAUUAGGUGGUUCUUCCGGUAAUGGUAGUAAUAAUAGUAAUAGUAUAGGUGGUGGUGGCUGUAAUAAUUGUAAUACAGUUAUGAUAUUACCAACCGAAAUAAAAAUGACCGAUAUGGAAGCUAUAUUAAGAUUUAUUUAUGAUGGUCAUGUUGAUGUAAAAGUUGAUUCAAUUGAAUCAUUUUUACGUUCAGCACGUUUGCUCAAUAUAAAAGGUUUAUCCAAUGUUAAUAUUGUAUUCAAUAAUAAUGGUACGACAACAACAACAACAACCUCUUCAACAACAAAAUCAACAAAUGAUGAUUCUAUUAGUGAUAGUGGUAUUGAAGUGAUUUCUGGAUUACCACCACCACCAUCAUCAUCAUCAAUAACCGGAAAAAAUAAUGGAUUUCCAAUGAAAACAAAUUCUGCAAUAGCAGCGGCAGCUGCCGCUGCUGCAGCCGCUAAUCUAUUGAAUGGUCAUUCACCACCCCCAUCACCACCACCACCAUCAACAACAAUGAUGAUGAAUUCAUCAUUGGCAUCAUUGAAAGCAAUGACCACACCGAAUCAACAUCAUCAUUCGAAUCAUCAUCAUAAUGAAAAUCGUAAUAAUAAUCAUCAUCAUCAACAUAAUCAAUCAUCAUUAUCGAAUGGUGGUAGUAAUCAUAAUCAUCAUAAUCAUCAUUUAAAUAAAUUUUUAAAUGGAAUGGGCAAUCAUUUAUUAUUAAGUCAAUAUCGUAAUAAUUUAGUCGUACCAUCAAUUAAUAAUAAUAAACAAUUACAACAACAUUUACAUCAUCAACAACAACUACAACGAGAUCAAUCGCAAUCAUUACGUAAUCACGAAUCAACGAUAUUAGGAUCGACAACAACAACAUCAACAGCAACAACAACACCACCAACAACUAAUCAAAUACCAGCUCAUCAAAGUAGUACACCGAAAAGUAUAUAUAAUAAUGGUCAAGCAGCAGCAGCAGCUGCUGCUGCAUUUGCAUUAUUUAAUAAUAAUAUUGUUCCACCACCACCAUCAUCAUCAAUUAAUAAUCGUUUUGAUUCAUCAUCAUCCGGUAUUGUUGGAAUUGGUGGUGGUAGUAGACGUAAACAAAAAUAUCCAACCAAUAUACAUUCAACACAAGCACAGGCUGCAUUAGCAUCAUUUGCAUUAGAUCAAGUAUUACCACCAUUAUAUAAUCAAUAUUUAAAUAUAAAUUCUGAAGAUGAUGAUGAUGAUGAUGAUGAUAUUGAUGAAAAUGAUGAUAAUAAUGAUAAACGUUUAAUUAUAAAAGAUGAUAGUUCAAAUGAUUGCAAUAGUAAUAUUGGUGAUAAUAUGUCAACAACAAGUAUUGAUUCAAAACAACAACAACAAUCAUUACCAUUUGGAUCGAUUGUACCAUCAUCAUUUGCACCACAAAUUCCAUGUAUGAUUGAAGUUGAAGCUGAUCCAACAAUAAUACCAUCAUUUUCUGAUUAUAAUGAUCAAUCACCUUUAUCAUCAUCAUUACAACCACCACAUCAACAACAACAAUCAACAACAACAUCACAAUCAACAUCAUCAUCACAACAAAAAAGAAGACGUACAUUUAAACCACCAUAUUCAACAGGUAGUUCAACAACAAGUGGUGAACAUCAUAAUAAUAAUAAUAGUAAUAAACGAAUGAAAUUACCGUAUUCAAGAACGUCCGGUAAUAAUGUCAAUAAUAAUAAUAAUAAUAAUGUUUCAGUUGCACUUAACAAUAGUAUUGAUGUAUCAAUAAAACCAUCAUCACCAUCGAUGCAUCAUCAUCAUCAUAAUAAUAAUUCAAAUCCACCAACAUCACCGGCUACAACAGUGGACAUUGUACCAUCUUCAUCAUCGAAAAAACAUCAUAAUAAUAAUAGUGUUCGUUCAUCAAGUGUACCAUCUAGUGAAAAAUCUCAACAACAACAACAAUUAUUUUCAACAUUUUCACCAUCGAUUAAAACAACACCACCAAAUCAACAUCAUCAUCAUCCACAAGCAUCAUCACCAUCAUCAUCAACAUCAUCUGCUUCAGCAUCCGGCGGUGGCAUUAGUGCUGCAGCAGCCGGUGGUAGUUGGGUAGGAAGUAAAUGGAAAUGUGACAUUUGUAAUAAAUAUUAUGGUAAUAAACAAACAUUAAAAGAACAUAUGGAUUAUUUUCAUUCAAAUCGUGAAGAACAAAUUUAUAUUUGUAAUAUUUGCAAUAAAGAAUAUACAUGGCGUAAAUCAUUAAUGAAACAUUAUCGUGAUAUACAUCAGAUGCGUAAUACACCAGCAUUGGCCGAAAUCAAUAGACAAUUAGCUGCAUUAGCUAGUGCAAAAAUGCGUACAGCAAUGGCUAAUAUGCCGAUGGGUGGAUCAGGAACAGGAGGAACAUCACCAGGAACACCUGGUUCAGCUGAAGCAGCAGCAGCAUUACAAUCAUAUGUAUCGAUUGCAAAUUUUAAUAAUAAUAAUAAUAAUCGUAAAUCAUCAGGUCAUCAUCAUUCAUCAUCAAAAGGUUCAAGUGAUGCAACAAGUGAAAAAUCAAAUAAAAGUGAAUCCGAAAUGGAUAAUGAUAAUACAAAUGAUGCAUUAGGUGUUAAUGAUGAUAUGGAUGAUUAUGGUAAUGAUGAUUUAGAAGAAAUGGAUGGAUCAGUUACAACUGAUGCUGAUCUACCUGAUGGUGAUACAAUGUCAGCAAAUAAUGAUAAUGAAUCAAUGAUAAUGAAUAAUCAAUUAGAAUCAUCUUCAUUAACAAAUAAUGAUAAUGAUGAUGAUAAUGGUGUUGAUGAUAAUAAUGAUUAUAAUGAUAAUGAACAACAACAACAUAAUUCAAAUCAAAAAAACAAUGAUGAACAAAUGAAUAAUAAUAAAUCUAAUGGUGAUUCAUCAUCACCACCACCUCCAUCAUCCAAAAUGAUCAAUGAUGAAAAAGAUUCAACAACAACAACAACAACAAAUUUGGAAAAUCAUAGUAGUCCUGCAUCAUCAUCAUCACAUCAUAGUGUUUGAAAAAAAAAACAUUCGACCCAAAUAUAAAUCUAACCAAAAUGAAUCUCUUUUAAUAAUUAUUAUUUUGUUUCAAUUCUGCAUAUAUUCUAAAUGAUGAUUGGUUUCUUUAAUUCCAUUUCAAAAAAACACACACUAUUUACACACAUCAAACAUAAAUAAUUAUUCCUGUAUCAUUCUACGGAUUUCACUUUUAUUUUUGUUUUUGUUUUUCCAAAUGAUAAUGAUAUCCGUUUAUAAAUUUUUUGUUCAUUCUUUUCUUUUCUGUCUCAAAUAUUUUAUAUAUAAACAGAUAAAACAUCCACCUGAAAACACACAAACAAACAAUUUUUUUUUCUAUUUAAUCUACACAUUCUUUUUUUUGUUGUUGUUGUCCCCAUUUGUUUCCAUUUUCUACCCUUUUUAUGUGUGUGUUCGUACAUUGAUUGAUCCAUAAAGUUAGUUUCAAAAAGAAAAAAAAAUGUUUCUUUUUUUUUGCUUUAAUUUAUUGUUUUUUGUUUCGAAGAAAAAGAUUGGUAAAAUUAUCAUUGAUAUCAUCAUAUGAGAUAAAUGCGCAUGUCAUG